UACCUGCGUUACUGAUAGUGAGGACAGUCAGCAGUCGUUAUCGGGGGCAGCUAUGACCACCCUGCCUGGCUACACCGGAGCCAGAAUAUCAGGCUGUUGGGCUCUGCAGUCAGGUGGAGGUGGCAGUGGGGAGGACUCUCUGGACAGGCUCCUCCCCCCAGUCAACUGCCCCCGCAGGAAGAGCACCACUCUGGGUAAAACAGAGCCACCGUUACUGCGCACAGGCACCCGCACCAUCUACACUGCCGGCAGGCCACCCUGGUACAACGAGCAUGGAACACAGUCCAAAGAAGCCUUCGUCAUUGGCUUGUGUGGAGGCAGUGCAUCAGGAAAGACCACAGUGGCUAAUAAGAUCAUAGAGGCUCUGGAUGUUCCUUGGGUGGUUCUCUUAUCCAUGGACUCUUUCUACAAGGUUCUGUCUCCAGAAGAGCAAGCUCUAGCUGCUAGUAAUGACUAUAACUUUGACCAUCCAGGAGCUUUCGACUUCCAACUUCUAGUGACCACGCUCAGGAAACUCAAACAGGGCAAGAGUGUGAAGAUCCCAGUGUACGACUUCACCACACACGGUCGACAGAAGGAGUGGAAAAACGUCUAUGGGGCCAGUGUUAUCAUCUUCGAAGGGAUCAUGGCUUUUGCUGAUAAAGAGCUUUUGCAUCUCCUGGACAUGAAGAUCUUUGUGGACACAGACUCAGAUAUCCGGCUGGUACGGAGGCUAAAGAGGGACAUUUCCGAGCGUGGAAGGGACAUUGAGGGUGUCAUCAAGCAAUAUAAUAAAUUUGUGAAGCCGGCCUUCGAGCAGUACAUUGAACCCACCAUGAGGCUGGCAGACAUUGUGGUGCCACGAGGUGGGGGAAACAUGGUGGCCAUUGACCUGAUUGUGCAGCAUGUUCACAGCCAGCUGGAAGAGCGAGAGCUCAGUGUCAGGGCACUCCUGGCCUCGGCUCACCAAUCCCAGCCUCUCCCUCAGACUCUCAGUGUGAUGGAAAGCACUCCGCAAGUCCGAGGUCUCCAUACCAUCAUCAGGAAUAAAGACACCAGUCGGGACGAGUUUAUCUUCUAUUCAAAGAGACUGAUGCGAUUACUGAUUGAACACGCUUUGUCAUUCUUGCCUUCUAAGAAGAGUGUGGUGCAGACUCCGCAAGGUCAUGAGUAUGAAGGACGCACUUUCAGUGGGAAAGGGAUCACAGGUGUGUCUGUCCUGCGGGCAGGUGAGACUAUGGAGCCCGCUCUGAGAGCAGUGUGCAAAGACGUUCGCAUUGGCAAGAUACUCAUCCAGACCAACCUGGACUCAGGAGAGCCAGAGCUGCACUACCUGCGGCUGCCCAAAGACAUCAGUGAGGACCACGUGAUUCUGAUGGACAGCACUGUGUCCACAGGAGCAGCGGCCAUGAUGGCUAUCCGAGUGCUGUUGGAUCACGAUGUUCAAGAGGAGAAUAUCCUCUUAGUGUCUCUGCUGAUGGCUGAGCUGGGGGUCCACUCUGUGGCCUAUGCUUUCCCUCGCGUCAAAAUUAUCACCACUGCGGUGGACAAGAGUCUGGACGACUUCCUCCACGUCAUUCCAGGGAUAGGGGACUUUGGAGAUCGCUACUUUGGAACAGAUGCCCCUUCGACAUGGAGUGAUGAAGAGGACCAAGAGCUGCCCAGCUGCUGAUGUACAGCUGUGUUUGUACAGUUACAAGGACUGGACACUUUGUCAUUAUUCCAGAUUCAUUUUAACUAUUUCCCUAAUACAUUUCCUGUUAAUUGACAAGGAUAGUUUGGCUAAUAUGACUGAUUUAGGAUUCAGCCAGCCAGAAUGGGACUGGGUGCUGGUAUAGUGAGAGUGAGUGAGAAUGGCCCUGUAGUUUAAGUCCUGAAGACCGUCCUGAGGUGUUUAAGCAUUGUUUUUGGACAAAACCUGUGGAUGUCUCUUACUCGAACUGUGGGUGCCAUUAGCAAACAUUCCAAGCAGACACUAAAGCAAUAGUUGCACAAUCUUCCACAUGGAUUAUUUUCUGAGUAAUGAAACAUAAUACCUCAACAGUAAUUAACACAGUAAUGUACUUUUUGUCAAGAAACAAAGGAGGUAGCGUAAAUUUUUCAAGACAGUAACUAAGACUUAACCUCAUGGAAAGAUGUACUUGUGUUUUUUAACCUGUCUUAGUUUGUUUUUAGUAAAAUGUCAGGAACUAUU